AUGCCAGAGAGACGUUCCCUGAGAUCAAACAGCAAGUCAGAGAUACCCUGUUCCACUAACGAUCAUCAAGCGCAUUGCAACUCACAGUGUCCAAGUUCCAACAAGGAUAAGCCCGCGCCCGCCCGCUCUACUGCUAACAAGUCCAAAUCUGCUGCUCCUUCCAAGAAGGCCGGAUCGACAAAUAGCUCCGCAGACUCCAACAUGGGAAAGGGCGAUCAACGACAGGCUAACGGCUCGGAUCCGACGAAGAAUGGUGCAAAGGGUUCUGAGGAUGUCGAGAUGGGAGAGGAUACGGCAGGUGGGCCUACAUCCUCAAUCAACACCAGGAAGGAGCGGGAAGGUGACGAGAUGACUGUUGUAGUGCCCCCUACCAAGGGUUCGAGGUUAUCCGGCGGUCAAGGUCCGGACAAGGAGGGUGAUGUUGCGAUGGACGAGGGCGAUGAGUCCAAGUCCGAGCCGAAGGUUGAUCCCAAGGUCAAGGCCAUCCAAGACAUCAAGACCAACUUCGCCCUCCUCGAGCGUGCCGUCACCCAAUUCGAUCCCAGAUUUACACUCCGCGUUUUGCGAUCGAUAUCCUCGAUGCGCAAACACAUCACGGCCGAUGUGAUUUCAGAAGUUAUAGUGGAGACCUACCCGCCAUCGAGUCUCACGGCUUCGUUUUUGCUUGACGCCAUCGAUCGAUCUGGUGCCAUUGAAAGCGCCGUGGCUAGUUCGGAGAUGGAAGUCGACUCGGAAAAGAACAAGUUUUCUCCCAAGGAGAUCUUGCCAGAGGUGGACACGUACUUGUCCAUCCUUGCCCAGAUCUAUCUGUAUGACAAGAAAGACAUCCAAAAGGGUGCCAAGUUUUCGACAGAGUUGAUCGAACGUAUGCGCACACUGAACCGCCGCACUCUUGACUCGCUCGCUGCUCGCGUUUACUUCUACUACUCCCUUUUCUUCGAGCAAAUCGCCCCUCUUCCCCCGUCUCCUGCAGCCACGGUCACGUCCAUCCGCCAGCCUCUGCUGGCAGCGCUCAGGACUGCUGUUCUUCGAAAGGAUGCCGAUACCCAGGCGACAGUGAUGACGCUGCUGCUGCGCAACUACCUGUCGACAUCUCACAUUUCGCAGGCUGACUUGCUCAUCUCGCACAACCAAUUUCCCGCUUCCGCAUCCAACAACCAGAUUGCUCGGUAUCUAUACUACCUGGGCCGUAUUCGCGCUAUCCAGCUGCAGUACACUGACGCCCACGACAACUUGAUCGGAGCCACCCGGAAAUCGCCUACCAGCAACAUUGCGCGUGGAUUUUACCAAGCAUCGCACAAGCUCUUGGUAGUCGUCGAACUGCUGAUGGGUGAUAUCCCUGACCGCGCGAUUUUUCGACAGCCCGCGCUUGAGCGCGCCAUGCACCCGUACUUCCUCCUUUCUCAGUCAGUGAGUGUGGGUGACUUGGAUGGAUUCUUGAACAUCGUCAACACACAUACCGCUACGUUCAGAAAGGAUGGUACGUACACCCUUAUUCUUCGUUUGAGACAGAACGUCAUCAAAACGGGUAUUCGGAUGAUGUCGUUGUCCUAUUCUCGCAUCUCUUUGCGGGACAUCUGCCUCCGUUUGGGCUUGGAUAGCGAAGAGUCAGCGGAGUAUAUUGUUGCCAAGGCGAUUCGAGACGGUGUCAUUGAGGCCAGUCUUGACCACGAGAGUGGUUACAUGAAGAGCAAAGAAGUUGGUGACAUCUACGCUACCAGAGAGCCUGGUGAGGUGUUCGACGAGCGUAUCCGGGCAUGCUUGGCUCUCCACGACGAGAGCGUCAAGGCUAUGAGGUUCCCCAUGAACCAGCACCGUCUUGAGCUGAAGAGUGCGCAGGAAGCCCGGGAACGUGAGCGUGAGUUGGCCAAGGAAAUUCAGGAAGGGGACAUGGACGAUGAAGAUGCUGUUCGAACCGCUCCGGCCUCCGGGCUAGUCCUCUCACCACGAGCCGCAUCCUCGACCUCGAUAUGUCGGCAAUGCCUCCGCAAUGACCUCUCGAACCAAAUCCAGCUGCAGUCCCGGAAAUACCAUCCGUCAAGGCGGAAAGAUGCACCCCCAUUCGGCGCCGCCGUGUCCGCUGCUCAGACAAUCUUCAAGGGCCUGCCCAAGGCACCACCAGGCAUUUCAGUAGACCCGUUAAGAAUCGUGGGCAAGGAACUCAAAUUUCUCACCAAGAACAUCCGGCAAUUACUGGGCUCAGGGCAUCCUACACUCGAUAAGGUCGCCAAGUACUAUACCCGGAGCGAAGGCAAGCACAUGCGGCCCAUGUUGGUCCUGCUUAUGUCCCAGGCAAUUGCGCUAGCUCCACGACUUUCUGCGAAUUCAAAUACGCCGUCGGUCGAUGAUUCGAUUACCUCGUCCGAGGUGUUGUCUGAUUUGAAUCCGGAUACGAACCCGCUCGUGGCUCGGUCUGCCGAGGCGAAGUACGACUUUGAAGGCGAUGAGAACAUCCUCCCGUCUCAACGGCGGUUGGCUGAGAUUACCGAAUUGAUUCACACUGCGUCACUCCUUCACGACGACGUCAUUGACAAUGCAGUUACCCGCCGGGGAUCCAACUCAGCAAAUACUCAAUUUGGAAACAAGAUGGCGGUUUUGGCUGGUGACUUCUUGCUGGGACGCGCCUCGGUUGCGUUGGCACGUCUACGUGACCCUGAAGUGACGGAAUUGAUGGGCACAGUGAUUGCCAACCUUGUUGAGGGCGAGUUCAUGCAAUUGAAGAACACGGCAGAGGACGAGAAGAACCCCGUUUUCACCGACGAGACCAUCUCCUACUACCUGCAAAAAACAUAUCUGAAGACUGCUAGUUUGAUUAGCAAGUCAUGCCGUUCGACAGCGGUGCUCAGCCAGAGUGCCCCCGAGGUAAUUGAGGCUGCCUACUCUUACGGCCGUAACCUAGGUUUGGCGUUUCAGCUUGUGGAUGACAUGCUGGACUACACUGUGACUGAGGUGGAGCUGGGCAAGCCUGCCGGUGCAGAUUUGGAACUGGGUCUUGCUACUGCUCCUCUUUUGUUUGCAUGGAAGCAGAACCCUGAGCUUGGUCCUUUGGUUGGCCGGAAGUUCUCCCAGGAGGGAGAUGUGCAGAGAGCCCGUGAAAUCGUCCACAAGAGCGACGGUGUCGAGCAGACCCGUGCCCUUGCCCGGGAUUACGCCAAUAACGCUAUCGCUGCCAUCAGCGACCUCCCUGACAGCGCAGCCAGGUCUGGCUUAAUCGAGAUGUGCGAGAAGACCAUGAAGCGACGGAAGUAG